GACUCAUAGCUGGUGGUAAACCAAAUCAACUCUAUUUGCGAAGUCGUUGAUCCUGUGAUGGUAAAGUAUGUAGCCUUGGUGGCCGAGCUGAAGUGCAAAUUCCAGAAAUUCUGUCUGAGUAAAAUCCCCCGAGCUGAGAACGAACAGGCAGAUUCACUCUCUAAGUUUGCCUCUGAUAGCUCUUUAAGCUCCAGAUCCGUUUUUGUAGAGGUCUUAGAUGAACCAAGCUUCACGAAGCCUCGGGUGAUGGAAAUUAGCACAAACCCUGACACGCCAAGCUGGACUGAUUUAAUUGUCUCCUUCUUACGAGAUGGGAUAGUGCCUGAGGACAGGCAGGAGGCAAUGAAAUUGAGGAAGAAAACAUCUCGGUAUACACUUGUUGAUGGAGUCCUGUAUAAGAGAUCUUUCUCACUUCCUCUUCUACGGUGUUUAAAUCCCUAUGAAGCUGAAUACGCACUUCGAGAGGUGCAUGAGGGUGUCUGUGGGAGCCAUGUUGGUGCUAGGACUCUCGCUCACAAAGUCUUAAGGAAAGGAUACUACUGGCCAAACAUGUACAGAGAUGCCACCUAUUUCGUCCAGAAAUGCCCGAAAUGUCAAUUCUUCGCACACCUGACUCACCAACCAGCAGAAGAGCUCACGAACUUGGUAGCACCGUGGCCAUUUGCUCAGUGGGGACUGGAUCUUUUAGGCCCAUUUGUGAAAGGGGUUGGUGGUGUAACUCAUCUGAUUGUUGGUGUGGAUUAUUUCACGAAGUGGGUUGAAGCUCGGCCUUUAUCUAGUCUUACCUCUAAGAAGGUCGAAGAUUUUGUUUUCGAUUCGAUCAUCUGCAGAUAUGGGAUCCCAAAUCAGAUCGUGGCUGAUAAUGGAACUCAAUUCAAUUGUUUCUCAUUUCAAGAUUUCUGCUCCAGUUAUGGGAUCAAGUUACAGUUCACCUCCGUUUACCAUCUGGAGUCCAAUGGCAUGGUGGAAUCUGUUAACAAAUGCAUUUUGGAAGGUAUAAGGCCGAGAUUGGAGCAGCAUAAGGCCAAGACGAAAUGGACAACUGCUUCGGGAAAAAACCUUGAUCCGCUUGCUGAAGUCAGAGAAGAAGCUCGGCUUCGAACUCUUGUAUACAAGCAGAAACUAGCCAACUUCUACAAUAAACGGGUCCGCCCUCGAACAUUCAAAGUAGGAGACCUUGUUCUCAGAAAAGCUGGCCUAACGGGGUUUGAAACUCGUUUUGGCAAACUUGCCCCAAAUUGGGAAGGCCCUUACACCGUGGCCGAGGUACCACAUCUUGGUGCCUAUAUCCUCCAAGACGCCGAAGGAAAGAGAGUUCCUAGAGUCUGGAAUGUCAAUAACUUGAAGAAAUUUUACCCCUAAUAAAAUUCUUUCAAGUGAUCUAUGUCUUACUGUUCUUUACGUUUCUCACUUCAUGUUUCUAGAAAUUCAUUUUACCUCUUAUUCUAUGUAUCCGAGGUCAAUUAAUCCAUUCGUUUCUUGAACCUCACUUCUGUUAAUAAAUGUCACUUCACAUU